GUGAGGCGGAGAGCGAGGUUCGCUGCUUCUGUUGUGUUUCGAUCAUCCAUCCAAACGCCAAUUGCGUGCUGUUAAUGUUAAUGUUUAUCCCCUUCUUCCAUUUCUUCCUCUUUUGACUUUCUUCUUCUCUCUUCAACUCACUUUCUUCUCUUCCAAUAUUAAUGGCUUCCUUCUUCCUUCGCCGCAAAAUAUUCUCUCGCUCUCUACUAGGUAGUAAGGAUCCUCUUCGUGCCUACUUCCAAUUCAAAUUUGAUUGCUUAAGUAGUGCUUCUUCCACCAAGGUGCAUCCAUACACCACUUCUACUCAUGGUGCCAUCAGAAACGAUUUCACUGACUUGACCUCCCCUCAUACUUGGUAUCCACAGGCCAGAAGGAAACAUCGCAGGAUUAUCCUGCAUGUUGGUCCCACAAAUAGUGGUAAAACGCAUCAGGCUUUGAAGCAACUUGAGUCAAGUGAUUCUGGUUUAUAUUGUGGUCCUUUAAGAUUGUUGGCAUGGGAGAUAGCAAAACGGCUGAACAAGGCAAAUGUUCCUUGUGACCUUAUUACUGGUCAGGAGAGAGAGGAGGUUGAUGGUGCCAAACAUAAGUCUGUUACAGUAGAAAUGGCCGAUGUAUCAUUUGAUUAUCAGUGUGCCGUCGUUGAUGAAAUUCAGAUGUUAGGAUGUACUAGCAGAGGUCAUUCAUUUACACGUGCUUUAUUAGGAAUAGCUGCUGAUGAACUUCAUCUCUGUGGUGAUCCAGCUUCUGUUCCCCUUAUUCAAGAGAUAUUGAAAGUUACUGGUGAUGAUGUUGAGGUUCACUAUUAUGAGAGGUUAUCACCCUUAGUGCCAUUGAAGGUCCCUCUUGGAUCCUAUUCUAAUAUAAGAAAUGGUGAUUGCAUUGUAACCUUUUCACGUCGAGACAUUUACAAAUUAAAGAAGAAAAUUGAGAAUCAAGGAAAGCAUCUUUGUUCAGUAGUAUAUGGUUCGCUGCCACCAGAAACUCGAACAAGGCAGGCAAGCAUGUUCAAUGAUGCAACAAGCGAGUUUGAUGUUCUAGUGGCCAGUGAUGCCAUCGGAAUGGGUCUUAAUUUAAACAUAUCUAGGAUCAUAUUUUCAACCUUGAAGAAGUUUGAUGGUUUUGAAUUUCGGGACCUGACUGUGCCUGAAAUAAAACAGAUUGCAGGGAGAGCUGGUAGAUAUGGGUCAAAGUUUCCUGUUGGAGAAGUAACAUGCAUAAAUGCAGGGGAUCUACCCUUGCUUCAUUCAUCUUUAAACUCCCCAUCACCCACUUUAAAGUGUGCUGGAUUACUUCCUACUUUUGAUCUAAUGUAUAUGUAUUCACGUCUGCAUCCCGAAUAUGGUUUCUGUCAAAUACUGGACCAUUUCCUUGGCAAUGCCAAAUUAUCCUCAAAUUAUUUCAUUGUUAAUUGUGAACAAUUAUUGAAAGUGGCUGCUGUUAUUGAUGAAUUCCCCCUAUCAUUGCAUGAUAAAUACCUUUUUUGUAUCAGUCCAGCUGACAUGGACGAUGAGAUCUCAGCUCAAGGCCUGACACAGUUUGCAGAGAACUAUGCAAAGAGAGGCCUUGUUCGGCUUCGAGAAAUAUUUACACCAGGGACACUUACUGUGCCCAAAACACCGGCGUUCUUGAUCUCUAUGUUUGGUUGAGUUUUCGAUUGGAAGAAUCUUUUCCAGACCGGGAGCUGGCUGCAUCCCAAAAGGCCAUUUGUAGCAUGUUGAUUGAAGAAUUCCUGGAAAGACUAGGGUGGCAGAUGCCAAUGACCAGAAGGUUGCCUUCGCGUAAAAUGUCGACUUCUCUGUCAGCUCAUCAUCAUACCUUUUCUUUUUUUUUUUACAUGUAUUUAUACUGUUUACAUUGUUUCAUCAAAGAAAAAUGA